UUUUUUUUUUUUUGCUUUCUGACACACAUUCUUCAUUUUACAACUAUUUAUAAUGACAGGACCUGUUUACUUGGUAACUGGCGCUUCAAAAGGGAUUGGAAAGGCAAUGACCAAGUUAGCAUUGACAAAGUUCCAUGGAAAAGUCGUGGCAGUGGCUCGUAGCAAAGAACUCUUAGAAUCUUUACAAGUCGAACUAACUCAAGAAAACAAUAACCUUGGUGACAACCUCGAAGUGGUGGUAGGUGAUGUCUGUGAUGAACAUACAUCUCGUCGUGCUGUCAAUGUAGCUAUAGACAAAUGGGGUCGUCUUGAUGUGGUCAUUGCUAAUGCUGGUAUUUUAGAACCUAUUGCUUCUGUUAGUGAUAGCUUAGUACAAGGAUGGAAACAUUUAUUUGAUGUCAACUUUUUCUCCGUCAUCACUUUAGCUCAAGAAGCUUUACCUCAUUUACGUCAUAGCAAGGGUACUUUGAUCAUGAUUUCCUCUGGUGCAGCAAGUAAGGGUUAUAAAGGAUGGGGUGCUUAUGGAGCAUCAAAGGCUGCUUUGAAUCAUUUGAAUGCUACAUUGGCUGUUGAAGAACCAGAUGUGACAACUUUGGCCAUUCGUCCUGGUGUUGUGGAUACUGGUAUGCAAGAAUUGAUUCGAGAAAAGGGAGUGGACGCUAUGAAGGAAGAUCAUUCUAAGUUUAUGGAAUUACAUCGUCAAGGUAAAUUGUUAUCAGCUGAAGAACCUGCUCAUGUGGUGGUGGCUUUAGGUGCCAAUCCUCCAAAGGAUCUAUCUGGACAAUAUCUUAGUUGGGAUGAUGAAGUUUUGAAAUCUUUUAGGAAAUAGAAUUAGUUUUUUUUUAGUUAUUGUAGUAUAGAAUAAAAACCUGAUUUUAUAUACUUC